AGAGUCUAGGAUCCUUGAUUUUAUAGUAAAAGAAACCAAACUUAGGCAAGAGAAGGCUCUUGUUGAGCUAUAAAGUACUCUAUGUAGACCUACAAGGUAAUUCAUGACAAUCUGUAGGUACUUAAUAUAUACCAACGGCUAGAAUACCUCAAUUGACCAUAGUAUGCCUUAUAAUGACCAUUGUGAUGCCUUAUAAAGAGUACUGUGACUCCUUGGAGCAUCCCAUGUUGACUUUAGAGAGUCAUACCGACCAUAUGGGGCCCAUACUUUCAUACAGAGAACAUUUGAUGCUAAGAAGCCAUAGAGUAACUAUGUAAACCAUCCUUCUUUAUCAAAACAUAGCAACUGCACUUGCAUUUACAAGUUUCAGCUUCAAUCUUCAAAUAACACAUCAAAUCCAUGCCUAAACUCAUUCCAUCAAAUCAUGCACACCUUCCUAGCAUCCUAACACCCAUCAACACAUUCACAGUCAUCACAUUUUUCAGACAUUCUCAUCCACUUGACCCUUUUCCUUGACAUUCUGCACUCGGUUGCUUAUGCGAUCAUUUUCGCAUCAAUUAGUCAUUAAAUCUUGACUUUUCAUCCAUUAAAAAUAAAUAAAUAAAAAUAUGAAAAUAUUGCUCAUCAUUUAUACAAAUAAGAUUAAUCAUAUGAACAUGUGUAGCAUGUAGCUAUGUAGCUAGCCUAGCUGUGUAUUUG